GUUUGUUGGAAUAAGAGCCAGUGAACUCUGCAACGGCUCCCGCUGCUUCCUCAGUGCAGCUCCAAGGCAGCAACAAUGUUCUACAUUCUGCUGGUGCCGGGACUCGUCGUCCUCGCUUACGUUUUCCGUCAGGUUGUGGUAAUAGGAAGGAGCUGCAAGAGCAACACAAAGCUGCAUGGGAAAACUGUGAUAGUUACCGGCAGCAACACUGGCAUAGGGAAGACCACGGCCAUAGAGCUGGCCAAGAGAGGAGCCAGAGUGAUCCUGGCCUGUCGCAGCAAGCAGAGAGGAGAAGCUGCUCUGCAGGACGUCAAGAGGGAGAGCGGCAGCAACCAGGUGGUGUUCAUGCAGCUGGACCUGGCUAGUCUUAAGUCGGUCCGCAGCUUUGCAGAGAACUUCCUGAAGACAGAACCCAGACUGGACAUCCUGAUCAACAAUGCAGGCCUCUACAUGAUGGGCCGAACGGAGGACGGGUUCGGGAUGAUGUUUGGCGUCAACCAUCUCGGUCACUUCCUGUUAACCAACUUGUUGCUGGACCGGCUGAAGGAGUGCGGACCGAGCAGGGUGGUGAAUGUGUCGUCUACGGCGCACAACUGGGGAAGAGUCGACUUUGACUGUCUGAACACGCACAGAACUCUGCGGAAAGGGACGUCUAUGUUGGACAGCUUCGGAAUAUACGGCGACAGUAAGCUGUGCAACGUUCUCUUCACCCACGAGCUCGCCAAGAGACUGAAGGGAACCAAGGUCACUUGCUACUCCCUCCAUCCAGGGGGCAUCAAGACUGAGCUGCAAAGGAACGCAGAUGCGACCGUUCAGAUGAUUCUAUCGAACCUUGGAAAGUUUUUCUUCAAGACCCCGCUCCAGGGAAGCCAAACCACUCUGCACUGCGCCCUGCAGGAGGGCAUCGAACACCUCAGUGGGCGCUAUUUCUCCAACUGCACCGCAAGAAGCGUCUACGCCAAGGCCAGGGACGAUGCCGCCUCAAAGAAGCUGUGGGAAAUUAGCGAGCGGUUCUGUGGCAUCUAAAGAGUGUUUUGAUCCUCUUUAACUAAUGUUGUUCAAAUAAAAUCCAUUAUUUCUUAAAGAGUAUGAAUACGCCGUUAUCGACAUGUAAUCCUUGCAAGAUAUCUUCUUUAACUCAAAGUUUAACUUACAAUUCUUGAGGCCCAUCAUGCUGGCAAAUCGCAGAAUUCACUCUUUUGUAUAAUAGCAAAGGUGAAACUGUGAGUUUAUUAGGACAUGGAUACAUAAGAAAACACCAACAACCCAUUUUCCAUGAUAGGCCAAGUUUAUAUAUACAGCAAUUUAAGCAGCUAAAGGGAGACAAGAAUGGAAUUAAUAUAAAUCUGUCACAUUUUGCAACUAAAGCAUUAUCUGCACAUGUGCACACUGCUGAAUGAGCCUUGUAUUAAAGAGAACGUAUAGAACGUAUAAAUCUCGAUAAUUCCUUUGGGACUACUGAUCUUGGAAGAGUACCGCUGAAUGAAUCAACCUGUGUAUAUCUAUAAGUUGGUGAUGAACGGAGGUCGAAUUUGCAAACUACAAGAAUUUCCUGUUUUCAAAACAGAUAUACAAAACUUUCACUGUUAAAGGCAUCGGCACACCUGCAGGCAUAAAGUCGCAAUCAUUUAACAGUGAGCAGCAUCUACUUAUCAGAUGGUAGUUAGGAUUUAUAUAGGCCGUGUUGGUGAAAACUGGACAUGUUAAUCAGUUUACUUCUUCUCUACCCUUAUUGGAAAUGUAUUGCAAUUAAAAAUGAAUUCUUGAAAACCA